ACAGCUGAAUCACAGACGAAUGGAAGGAACGCCGAUCUAGGGUUCUAGACCCAGCCGCCACCAUUCUCCAACCUCUGUUUCGUGCUCCCCGUGCCGUGCGUUAGGACGGAGAAGAGGCGGCGGACCGACGGAAGGACGACACCGGCGGCGGGAGCAGGAAGCAAAGAUUAGUGUUGCUGAAUUUUGAACUCAGAUCUGAAAAAGAAAUAACAUGGCAACAACACUUAAAGAUGUGGCGACGCGGAAACCUGUUCUAGCGACAAUCCGUCUCUUAGUUCCCGCUGGAGCUGCCAAACCUGCACCACCCGUUGGACCAGCUCUCGGUUUCUACAGGCUUAAUCUGAUGGCGUUCUGCAAGGACUUCAACGCCAGGACACAGAAGUACAAGGCAGAAACUCCGAUGCAGGUCACUUUGACUGCCUACAAGGACAGCACUUUCGAGUUUGUGGUCAAGUCACCCUCGGUUUCAUGGUUUCUCAAGAAAGCAGCAGGCAUUGACACAGCGAGCGGCCGGCCGGGGCACAGCAUUGUGACAUCCCUCUCGCUCCGUCAUGUCUACGAGAUCGCGAAGCUGAAGCAGACCGACCCGUUCUGCAAGCACAUGUCGCUCGAGGCCUUGUCCAAAUCCAUCAUCGGCACGGCCAAGUCCAUGGGCAUCGAAAUUGUUAAGGAUCUGGACUAGUCUCGGCCAUAGUUAUAUUGCUUCGAUCUGCAAUUGUCUGGUUUUAUCUGACCUGGACGAAAGUAGGUAUCGGAUUUUUCUUUUAAAGGCUCCAUCCUUGGAAAUCAUGCCCCCUUCUUCGUAUUCAGUUUGUAUGUGGCACUUUCCUUCAAAUGUAGCCACUCGGGGAUGGUUUGUCCUAAUAACGUUUCAGCUUUGUGUGAACCGAUAGAUGGCACUGAACUUGUUGUCUAACUGGAAAUUGCAACUUCAACGCCUUCCAUGUGAAGAUGUUUGCUUCAGAAGUA